UUGACACUUUUCAUUGUGCUUUUGUUGUGAUACGUUUGGUUUGGUUUUCUGCAUUCAAUCUCUCCAUUUCUCUGCACUGAAGCGUUGUGAAAAUUUGCACACAAAGCCGCACAAAUUUAAUGUCGAACUCGAAAAAUGUUGAAGAUGACGAUGAUUGUGACGAUUGGUUCAACAAGGAUGAGGAAGAUUUCGUUGUAAAAAUACCCAGCCAAACCAGCGCGGACAGCUUCGACGAGGCAGGCGAAGGCGACAAGGAAGAUGAUGGGCAAGGACCCGGAACGUCCGUGCGGGAAUUGUUGGAAAAUUUAAAGUUUACAUUGAACGACGUUGGAGGCAGUUACGUGGAUUCGAUCAAAAGCGCCGGCACCGAUCGCACCGCCAAGUUUGAGCUACCGAAGGGCCCGCCCGGAAAGUACGUGCAAACCAUUCCCCUCACGAAGCUGGCCAACAUUUUGGAAAAUGAAACGCUCUCCAUGUUUGCCGACAUUUGCGUGCAGAAGGAAGAGUUUCUCGCCACGCUCGCGAAGAAAACGUACGGCGAGGAGUUGCUGCUGGUGCUGAUGAAAAUCAUGAACAAACUUGCCACGCUGCCGCUGUACGAGACGGUGCGCCAGCUGUUCGGGGUGCUGCUCGAGCAGGCACACUUCUGGGAGCAGCUGCUAAAGUUUUUCCACCAGCCGGCCGAGGGGGAGAAGAAGAAGAAGAAGAAAAGCAAAGUCAUCCGUCCGACCGUGGCGCGGAACGAUAUGAUGGAGGUGUUGUUGAAGUUUCUGCUCGAAGCGAAGCGGCACGUUGCGCCACCGUUACCCCAGCAGGCGGUGGAGUUUUGUGAGAAGCUGAGGAAAAGUGCACCUCCGGAUGAUAAGGCACAGGUGGAGCUGUUGCAAGAGCUGACAAGGGACACGCAGGCACAGCAAGAACAGGCAACCAAGCAGAUUAGUAUUUAUCCUACCAUCCGGGAGCUGAAGGAUGGCGCCGGUCCUCCGAUCAAUCUGAAGCAAAACAUCGUGAAGGGAAAGUACCAAAGUGUGCAGCACUAUCUGGAGGUACAUUUGAAUCUGCUAAAGGAAGACUUUCUAAUUCCCCUGCGUACCGGCAUGGAAAAGUACCGCAAGCACGUGGACACGAAAGGGUCGGGCAAAUCGUUCGUCGGUGAGAACGUUCGCGUCCACUACCCGGUCAAGCUGCUGCUGCCCAGCACGGUCAAUCGUCGGACGGCGAAGGAGCAGCUCAUACUGGUCGAUUUAGAUCCGACCGAGCGCGGCUAUUCCAACCUGUCGGCGCGCUACAAACGCCUAGCGCUGCCGAAUACGAAACGCUUCAUGAACGGGUCGAUGGUACUGUUCUGCGAUGGGCCGGAGCUGAACGAGCUGGUCGUCGCCGUCAUUAGUAAUCGCGAUGCGGCUCAGCUGCUGAACGGGUACAUUUACGUGGAGCUGAUACGGAUGGAGAAGCAAAGGGAAGGCGGGCAGGAUCAGCCGAUGGGUGCCGAUCACGGUAUGAACCUGUUCAAUCGACCACUGCUGAUGAUUGAGAGUGAAAUCUUUUUCGAACCGUACCACCAAACCUUUAACGCGCUGAGCCGAUUGCGGGAAGAUAAUUUCCCGCUGAAAUCAUACAUCGUCGAUGUGACACUGCCCGGCAAAUGUUUGCCCGGCUAUCUGUACCAGGGAGGUGGCCAUCUUUUUAACUACGCCGGCAUACAGUUCGAUCUGAAGAAGCCCGACGAGUGGCCUACGGAAGCGCUGACUGCUGCCGCUGGCUUGAACGUGUCCCAAUUCGACGCGUACCGAAUGGCGCUCACGAGCCGGUUCUCACUAAUCCAAGGACCUCCGGGCACGGGGAAAACGUUCAUAGGGUUGCGAAUCGUUGAGACGCUGCUGGCGAACACGGGCGAGCAGAUACUGCUGAUCUGCCUCACCAACCAUGCGCUGGAUCAGUUCCUGUGCGGGGUGACCCGCUUCACGGACAGCAUCGUGCGGAUGGGCGGCCAGUCAAAGCACCCACUGCUCGAUGCGUACAACGUGAAGCAACUGCAGGAAGAUGAACGGAUCGAUCGAAGGUUGCGCAUCAGCUACUACAAUGCGAAGCAAGAGUACCUGAAGCUGGUUGAGCGGUUUGAUGCGCUGCAGCAGGAGCAGGAGACAUUGGACGGUAUGACGCAGGCAAUGCAGGAGUGUAUGGAAGAGCUGUUGGACGCUUCCCGGCGUUUGAGCGAAUUGAGCCAGCUCAACACGCUGAAGCUCAUACAGGGCUUUCGCGUAGUUGCCAUGACUACCACCUUUGCCGCUCGCAAUCGCACACUGCUAGAGCUGCUGCGUACGCCGAUCGUCGUGAUCGAGGAGGCGGCCGAAGUGCUUGAAGCGCACAUUGUGGCCGCUCUCACCCGUCACACCGCCCAGUGCAUCCUGAUCGGUGAUCACAAGCAAUUGCGACCGACGACGAGCACGUAUGUGCUUUCCAGUCGCUAUCGGAUGGAUCUGUCGCUGUUCGAGCGUAUGAUCAAUAACCGGUUCAGCGUCGCCACGAUGACCGUACAACAUCGGAUGCGCCCGGAGAUGGCCGACCUGCUGCGUCCCCUCAUCUAUCCGGUGCUGGACGAUGCUGAAACGGUUGCAACACGUCCCAACGUAGAUGGAAUGAUGCGGAACAUGUUCUUUUUGACGCACAACUACCCCGAAGGAGGUGGACCAGCCAACGAUUCGUCGGUGGGAGACGAUGGAGGGGAUGAAAAAUCGAAGAAAAACAUUUUUGAAUGUCGAUUCCUGCUCGGACUGUGCGAGUAUCUGCUCGCGCAAGGCACGUACACCCCGGAGGACAUUGUCAUACUGACGGCUUACAACGGGCAAAUGUUGCAGUUCGUUGCGGAGAAGAAAAAUCGUCCAUCCCUGCACGGCGUACGUAUUGCCGUGAUUGACAACUACCAGGGCGAGGAGAGUAAAAUUGUUUUACUCUCGCUGGUGCGCAGUGGAACCGGUGGCAACGGCGGUACCGAUACGAUCGGAUUUCUGGCGCAUGAAAAUCGCAUCUGCGUAGCGCUGUCGCGUGCACGCGAAGGGCUCUAUAUAGUGGGCAAUAUGACGCUGCUGGCAAAGUGUUCGAAAACGUGGCACCGCAUCGAGGGAAAGCUGCGUGAGCAGGCCGCUAUCGGCGAUUCGAUGCCGUUACAGUGUGUGACGCACGGACAGGCAGUGGAGGUUAAAACACCUGAAGACUUUGAGGAGCUGGGAGCGAGCGAGGAGAGGUGUGUAUGUGGAUUACUAAAAAGAUAAACCGAAAAGUCAAAAUCUCAUAGUUUUUGAGAGCUAUAUCUCUAUCGCGUCCAGACACGCGCGCGUGUGUGUGAGUAACUGGUAAGUAAUUCCUCGUAGAGGAGAAUAUAAAAUGUAUUAAUUUAACACCUUAAAAAGACCGUGUGAUUGUGUGCAACAUAAUAAUACCACUAUUUUGAUAACUCUUGACAAAGGCGAUGGCCAUGAAUUUCCGACACUAUUUUAGUUAUAAAACAUUUUCUCAAAAAUGAAAUGAAUAAAAUCCAACAUCUCUACAAAGCUGAGUUGAACUAUCGUUUGAGUUCUGAGUCCAA